AUGAGUAGAGUCCUUCAACGUGUGAAGGGUGUACUCAACAAGACGAGCAAUCGAUCAUUGCCGCCUGGCUCGUUUCCAAAUCGUCAAGGCAAUCAAGCACCUAUAGGCACUAUAACAAAACCGCCAAGUCCAACGGAUGAUGAUGAUGACGAUGAUGAUGGAGCUGGAAGUAAAGGAAAUUAUAAUGUACCGUUACAAACCCAACUAAGAGACCAACAAAAUACGACUUCACCGUACGAAAGUGCUCAACCGGGAAAUACAUCACGAAAUCCGCCUACGAAUAAUAUGAAUCCUCCGCGAAACAACAAUCCGGCAACGCCAGCCGCACCCCAGCGUAAUGGUCCACCUGAGCGCAAUAACAAUCCGUCAACACCAGCGGCACCCCAGCGUAAUGCUCCACCUGAGCGCAAUAACAAUCCGUCAACACCAGCGGCACCCCAGCGUAAUGCUCCACCUGAGCGCAAUAACAAUCCAGCCACAACAGCAGCUCCACCUCAACGCAACGCUCCGCCUGAAAGAAACAACAAUCCAUCGACACCGGCAGCGCCCCAGCGUAAUGCUCCAGCUGAACGAAAUGCCAAUCCAACUACACCAGCAGCACCACCUUUACCUCCACCAUUUCAGCCAGCAGCCACCAAUCCAUCGAACACCAAUACUAAUCCAACAACGUCAGCACCAAUGAAUAAUUUUUUCGCUGCAAUGAAUGCUAAUCCAGUAUCAACCAAUACGCAGCCAAACUCCGUUAAUUUUCAACCGGGCAGUAAUUCACAAAUGCCUUCAACGAAUGAUUUCAGUGCUUACAUGAGCACACAGCAGCCAAGCUCGUUGCCACAACGUGACGAGGAUACUAUUUCUCGUCUUGAGCUUGAUUAUCCUAUUGAAAAUGUUCUUAUUGAUGCUAAUAUUCCUUCCGUAAUCGCUCGAAAGAUUAAUGAUGCUGUUGAACAAGAUCGUUAUGGUCAUAAGUACCAUGUUCAUCGAUAUACAUACGAACCAGCGUCACAAAAUCUAUCGCACGAUAACCAAAAUCAAUAUGAUCAGUAUUCUAACAAUGAUCGUUAUUCUGGUGGACCGAAGCAUCGUAGUGGUACUAGGCACAUCCGUGAAAUUCAUCAUAAUAGUCAAAAUUCUCAAUAUGAUCAUUUGCUUGCUACUUCACCUCAUGAACAGUAUCCCAGAACAUCCCGAAACCGCAAUCGACAUCGUAGUCACUCUGACAUUCCGUUGAGUCAAUACGUUGACCAACUGUUACAAAUGCCAGGUAGCACUGUUGUUCAUGCGCAAAAUUCUGACAGUAUACAGAAUAUACUUGCUCAGCAUCUACCGAAUAAUCAAAUCUUACCGGCAACAGCAUUGUAUAAUCCCUUUCAGUCAAAUGACAUUGCGCUACCAGAACCUAUCGUAUACUAUACUGCCCAAGCGUUACCUAACGAUCCAAUGCGAAUAUACUAA